GGAGCUAUAUUUCCAUCAAUGAAAACAAAGCGUCGUGGCAGCGGAGAGGAGCAGUCUGACACACACAGUGUUCAUCAAACCUGGAGUGAAGCCCCUAAUGAAGGCGACCAGAGGAAGUAUGUUGGGUGCUGGAACAUCCAACAACAAGGUCAAGUAUUCAAGGCUGGCUGCGGAUGAGGACGGUUACAUAGACCUACAGUUCAAGAAAAGCCCGCCAAAGGUCCCAUACAAGGCGAUCGCACUGGCAAUAUUCCUGUUUUUGAUUGGCUCCUUACUGAUCCUCUUCGGGGCUCUUCUUCUGUCAGGAACCAUAAAGGUCGAGCAUCCGGACCGCACCAUUCCUGUCAUCAUCAUAGGGCUGCUGGUUUUCCUUCCUGGAUUUUACCAUUUGAGAAUUGCCUACUACGCCGCAAAGGGUUACCGGGGUUACUCGUACGACGACAUCCCUGAUUUUGGCGACUGACCCAAAUGGCAGCUGCUGAUCGGUGGAGAGUCCCCUCUGUUUUUGCCGCACUGUGUACCCUGAGACUGUUGCCUGCUGUUUUAUUUUGAGUUUCUGAAUGGAUGUAGCAAAUUUUUUUUUGGACAUUUGACUUUGACUUUUUUGCCAAUUUUUAUUGUUAUUCUUUUUGCCUUUAUUCGAUGCUCUGUGUAGUAUUAUCCUCCAUACAAAACAGCUUGCUGAAACUUAGAGGUUUUUAUAUACUCAACUUGCUCGACUGAAACAGGGCAGCAACUUCAUUCACGAAACGCUAAUAAAACCUUGAAUGAGUGGGGAGACAUUUUUUUUUUUUUGGAGACCACACAGAUGCCUUUAACUUACUACUGCUAGAAACUCCACGACCUGGAUGACUGAGAAGCGUUGUGUUCUUUGCACAGUUGCACAUCUCUUUCAAGCUAUAUCUUAAACAAAUAUUUAUUCAUGACUGUAGUCUAUAUGAUUUUAUGCAAAAGCUUGCAGGGGGCUGUAUUUCUGCUAAAGGCUUAUAUUUGAAGUACUAUCCAAAGAUUGUAUACUUGUCUAUUUUUGACCGGAAUGUAUUACUUUUCCGUAUGAAGUAUUGCUGUAUGUGCAUAUUCAUUUGGUUUUGAAUAUCAAAGAAAGAUGUAUUUUUACAUGCAUUGUCUUGAUUAUGAAUAAAUAAAUGAAAUAAAGAAAUAAAAGUAGAAAUCUC